AUGUACGAGACACCCAGUGUCCCACUCAACGACACCAGCGUCAUCUUCCUCCAUCAAGACGACCUUGGAUCCUCGUCCUCGUAUGUCGUGCAAAUUACCCUCAAGUCCGCGGAACCUGAAAGCCCCGAGUUCCUCCACACAUACGCCGCAGUGCAACAUGAGUUGAAUCAAUUCAUCUUGCAAUACGUCAGCGCGCACCUGAAGCACCCGAUGCCGGAGUACGCCUGCUUCGAAGGGGCGAACUAUGCUUUGGAAGCGCGUCGAGCGCCGUGGAUCUUCGGACAAAGUGUGGAGUUUGUGUGGGGUAAGGAGAAGCUGAAAGCAUGCGAAGACAAGUGGGUAUUCGUGUUCGAGGCUGGUGGUAGCUCGGGGGCGGACACGGAUUGA